CAUCCUAUUAUGGACUCGAAAGAGAGUGAAAACAUAGCAGUUACUGAUGCAAAGGCCGCGGCCAAAGGUAAGGCUGCAGAAGGUGCUCCUACUGCUGUCGUCGCAAUGAAAACCAAAACACAGACUAGAAGAGGAUCCAAGAAAGGACUGGCAAUCGUAGACUUGGUCCUCAGGCUUGGUGCCAGUUCGGCUGCUGUUGCUGCUGCUUACAGUCCAUUAAGCGCUGAGCAGAUUCUUCCCUUCUUCACACAGUUCCUUCAGUUCCAUGCUGAAUACAAUGAUCUCCCGACUUUCACGUUUUUUGUCGUUGCAAAUGCGAUUGCUGUUGGAUAUAUUGGCCUCUCCAUGCCCUUCUCUAUUGUAUGCAUCAUUCGACCACGUGCAAUAGGGCCGAGGCUUCUACUAGUAAUAUGUGACACGGUGAUGAUUGCUCUAGUGGUAGCUGCUGCCGGAGCUUCUUCUGCGAUAAUGUACUUGGCUCAUAACGGAAAUUUGGACUCGAACUGGCUUGCUAUUUGUAUGCAAUAUACUAACUUUUGCCAGGGACUUAGUGGGGCUGUUGUGGCUUCAUUUGUCGCUGCGGUCUUUUUCAUGUUGCUGGUUGUGAAUUCUACUUUUGCUCUUAAGAAGUAAUGAGAAGGGAGGCUUCUUGUUGAAUAUGAUAUCAGGCCUCAAAAGAAAGAAAGAAGCUGUGGAGAGGAACAAAAACAACAGGAGUUAUAUGUUUUCUGCUUUCAUAUGGUUAAAGUGUGGUGUGUAUAAUUAAUUGCAAGAAUUUCGGAUUAAUGUAAAUUAUUAAAGUAAUGGGUAUA